AUGGCAGCCGUACGAACCAUGUUUUCCGCCGCGAGAGAAGAAGCAGCUCUCAUCACAUCUGAAUUAGCAGUCGCUGCUCGUACAGGUGCGACUGAAGGUGUAGCCGUCAUGGAAAGGAAUGUGAUCAUGGAAAUGAAUCCUGUAGCUGUGAGACAAGCUGCAGAAGCAACUGUGAAAGAAUCACUAGGUGCUGAACCUUCACUUUUCUCACAACAUCUAUCACAUGUUCCACAAUCUACUUCCAUUUCGACUACUACCACCACCUUAAAUACCCUACCGGGAUCUUCUACAUCAACAAUCUCUUCAACACGUACACUAGUCACUCAAACACUUGAGGCUAAUUCAGGAUUGACGCUGAAAGAAGUCAUGUCAAACGCUAUGCAAACUGGAGUAGAAGAACAAAUGGAUGAAGUAGCUGAAAUAGCAAAAGGUUUAGUGGAAGGUAGAGGUGCAGGAAGCGCUUUUAUCAAUUCUCAAAUACAACAGGCUGUACAAGUCUGA